AUGUCUCGUAAAGAUUUAACAUUGAUUGAAAAAAUUUCUGUACUGGAUAAAACGAAGGCUCAACCUCAUAGUACUAGUCUUCAUAAAGUAGACGAAUGUGUAGCUGAUCCUGCAUUAAUUUCUGUAGACCACACCAAUGUGCUUUCUGAUAACGAUUUAGGACAUUUUAUAGAAACUUAUUCACAAAUUUCUGAAGAUAAAAAGUUUGAUCUUUUAACUAAUCCAUGGAAGCCUAGUAAACAUUAUAAUUUUAAAAAUGAUGUUGAAGACAGUAAACGACCAUUUUUGUAUAAAUGGUUUUCACAAUACCCAUGGUUAGUAUAUUCAAAGUUAUUGAAAGGAGCUCUUUGCCUUACUUGUGUUCUCUUCCGGGCUCAUGUGACACACGGUUCAUACUUUGGAUCUUUUAUUACCAGCUCGUUUGUAAAUCAUAAAAAAUUUGUAGAAAAGGCUAAUCAACACGAGAAAAAUAAAUGUCAUAUUGAAUCUUUCAUACGAUCCAAAGAUUUUAAUGAUAUGAAAAAAACAAAUUGUGGUAUUGACCAAGUAUUAGAUUCUUAUACAAACAACACUGCAGUAUUUAAUGACGUAUUAAAAUUUAGAGUUGAUGCUGGUGAUUUGACUUUAAAAACUCAUUUAGAAAAAUCCAAUAAAAAUGCAUUGUACAUAUCACGCCGUGUGCAAAAUGAAUUAUUAGAAUGUUUAUCUUCUAGUUUAAGAUCUGCGAUUACCAAUGAAGCUAUGCAAGCAUUUUGUUUUUCAUUAAUUGUUGAUGAAACGGCUGACAUUAAUGUCACUCAGCAGUUAUCAAUUUGUGUAAGGUAUGUGUAUAAUAAUAAUUUACAUGAAGAAUUUUUAGGGUUUUUCCCCUUACAAGAGUUUGAUGCUUCAUUUAUAACUCAAACAAUAUUAGAAGCAUGUACUAACCUAAAUAUUGAUAUGAAUAAAUGUGCUACACAGGGGUACGACGGAUGUGCUACGAUGGCUGGCCAUAUAUCUGGAGUGCAAAAAAGAAUUAAAAAUGUGUAUCCCAUGGCUAAUUUUUUCCAUUGCGCUAGUCAUCGUUUGAAUUUGGUAAUUAAUGAUUUGAAUUCUUUUACUAAAGUUAGAAAUUGUAUAGGGAAAAUAAAAGAAGUUACUAUAUUUGUUAGAGAUAGUGCACUUCGUAGAAAUAUUGUAGGGAGUAAUUUGACAAAAUUAUGCUAA